GGCUCUUAACCACUGCACCAUCAGGACUCCAAUUCAUUUUCAGAAAUUGAUAAUCAAGUAGACAAAAGAUGAGGAUAUAGAUUAGAAAAACAAUUACCGUUGAUCUAAUAUAUAUGCACAUAUGUAUAUAUGUGUACACACAUAUGUGUGUCGGUGUGUAAACACCCACACCAAGAAUUAUAAAUGUUCUUUUCAAGCACACAGGAACAUUAGACAAUUGAUCAUAUAUUAGGACGUACAACAAGUUUCAAAUAUAAAAAAAAAAAAAUUUGGUAUUUCACAGGACGUGCUCUUAGGCCAUUGAUUUCUAAACUUUUCUGGAGGGAUCACAAACCCCUUUGAGUAUUUGAUGAAAGCUACGAGUCGGAAUUGAUUUGAUGGCAAUAGGUUUUGGAUUUUUUAUAUUUAUUUCAAAAUAAUGAUUGGCCACAUAUUAAUUGCUGAAGUCAGGUGAUGGAUACAUUGGAAUUCAUUAUAAUAACUUCUCCACUUUUGAAUAUUUGAAAGUUUUCAUUAAAAAGAUUUUUAAAAAUUAUCAAAUAUGUCAGCCAUAACCUUAUUUGAUAAUCUGUUUUGAAAGUCAUCUUAGGAUGUUCUUAUGCUCCAGUUAAGAAAAAAGAAUGACCCCCUUGCAAUUUCUAUCCAUGUUCUUUUGUUCUGUUUAUAUUGAGGAACAGAAUAUAUGGUCAGAGUGUUCAUAAGGACUGUCUUCUCUUUUGUUCCUUUCUUCUAAUUCUUUGGAGGAUUUCUUUUUGGGGGAAGGGGAUCUUUCCUAGAUUAUCCGGUCUCUACUUUUAAAGUCUUAGUUUAUGUAUGGACAGUUUUACUUUCUCCGUAUACAAUUAAUAGGGCACAAUAUGAGUAAUUUUAGAUCUUGUCAAUCUAUUACAGGUGGUUAUUGGAGAUCAAGAUGGGGUAGUUAUGUGUUUUGGAGUGAAGAAAGGAGAAGCAGUGACAGUCUUUAAGACUUUACCAGGGCAGAAGAUCGCAAGGCUGGAGCUAGGAGGGGUUCUUAACACGCCUCAGGAGAAAAUUUUUAUUGCUGCAGGAUCUGAGAUUAGAGGCUUCACAAAGAGAGGAAAACAGUUCCUCUCUUUUGAAACAAACCUCACUGAAAGCAUUAAAGCUAUGCACAUAUCCGGCUCAGACCUCUUCCUCAGUGCAAGUUAUAUCUAUAACCAUUAUUGUGACUGCAAAGACCAACAUUAUUACCUUUCUGGGGACAAAAUCAAUGAUAUCAUCUGUCUUCCAGUGGAAAGAGUAUCUCGUAUCACACCAGUUUUGGCCUGCCAGGACAGAGUGCUCAGAGUUUUACAGGGAUCUGACCUCAUGUAUGAAGUUGAAGUUCCUGGACCUCCUACUGUCUUAGCACUACACAAUGGAAAUGGCGGUGACUCUGGAGAAGACCUUUUGUUUGGAACAUCAGAUGGAAAACUUGGGCUUAUUCAGAUCACUACAUCCAGUCCCAUACAGAAGUGGGAAAUUCGAAAUGAGAAAAAGAGGGGAGGUAUUUUGUGUGUUGACAGCUUUGACAUCGUGAGUGAUGGGGUUAAAGAUUUACUUGUUGGGAGAGAUGAUGGAAUGGUGGAAGUGUAUAGUUUUGAUAAUACAAAUGAACCUGUUCUACGAUUUGAUCAGCAGGAACAUGAACAAGAAAGUUUGAAGACCUCUAGUGCAUAUAAGAUCAGCUGGAGUACUUGUUAA